AUGGGCAUGGGAAACCGCCAUCGCUUCGAGUAUAGGCCAGGGGCCCAGGGCAGUAGCAGCAAUGGCGUCCCCGCCGCCGCCGUCCUCCUCCUGCUCCUCGUCCCCGUCUCCCAUCCACUGGCCUCAGGCCUGGAGUCCUCGCCGUUCGACGCGGCGCUGGCGGCGCUGCAGGGCCGGAUGGGCUACGCGUUCCGGUCCCCGGACCUGCUCCGCCGCGCGAUGACGCACGCCUCCUACUCGCGCGAGAACGGCCGGGCGCUGGCCGUGCUCGGCCUGGCCGCGGCGGAGUCGGCCGCCGCGCUGCGGGCCCUCGCCGCCGACCGCGACGCGCCGGCCUCCGCCGUCUCCCGCGCCGCGCGCGACGCCGCGGGGGAGCCCGCCUGCGCCGCGGCGGGCGCCCGCGCGGGCAUCCCGGGCGUCGUGCGCGUCGCCGGGUCCACCAAGGCCUCGGCCCCGCCCGUGGUCUGCGGCGCCCUCCGCGCGCUCCUCGGCGCCGUCGCCGUCGACAACGGCACCGCCGCCGCCGCCGCCGAGGUCUUCUGGCGCCUCCACGUCAUCACCGCCGCCGCCAUGUGACGCGUGCACGAGUAAUAAAUCAUCCAAGAUGGUUUGCACUUGCACAUCAGUGUUCACAAGUAUAUUUACUAGUAGGAUAAGUGAAGCUGCUGCUGCAAUCUACCUCUUAUGUAAAUUAUGAACUGCCACCUAGAGCCUGGAUGAAAAUCAUCAACUUCCACUUUGAUUUCGUAUGCAAAUUAUGGACAGUCACUCAGAGCUCUGAUGAAAAUCAUGAACCUCCACUUUGAUCUUGUAUGCAAAUUAUGAACUGCCGCUUCGAGUUGUGCUAUGUCUGAUUUGAGAUGGAUCAUGGAACAAGAGUUCCUUGUCGAAUUCAGUUACACUGCGUUUGGAUGUCUUCAUUGGGGGGCUUGUAUUGGAUUUGGUAUUGGUAAGUUUCAUUUCACCUGUUUGGCUGGACACUAAAUUGGUGGCCGGUAAUGAAACUAAAUUCAGGCUGAAAUCACUCCCACGCAAACAGUCUGCCCACAAUACGGAGGCCUCCGGCUCUGAAUUGUGCUGAAAUCGCCCAUCCCGCAAAACGUACCGGUUCACUUCCCUUUUCCCCCCUCGCGAACAGAUAAGGAGAAAAGGCAGGAAGGGAGAUAGCGAGCUCCGAGGUGGGCGGCGGCUGCGAAGCUCGGCGGCGUCCAGCUCGGCGGCCAUGGGCGUCCGCCACAGGCCCGUCCGCUCGACCGCCUCCGGCGCGGCGACUAUGGGUGUCCGCCGCUGCAUUUAGUUGCUGCAGCUGCGGCUACUAGGGGGCUGGAGUAGACGACGAAGGACUGUCGGUGCUGAAGCUUCCUGACCGUGCUUGCCUACUCUUCGGUUUCUAUGUGUGUGGAUGUGGGCAAAUUUAAUGAUUCUUGUGCGUAUGUGUAUGGACAAAUUUGAUGUUUCCUGUAGAUAGAAGGAUAAAAGCUUCACAAUCAAUGUGAAUAUGCAAUUUCAAUGUUUGUCAUCCAAGCAGGAUUUAGUAUUGAAACCUCACAGAUUUCAUGAGGCAAUUCA